GAUUGCCAAUGUUACAAAUAAAUCCAGACUAAAUUAAAACUCGGCACUCUUACGUUGAAGAGCAAACAUCGAGUCUUUGCACAUCCUGGAACGGAACUGUCAUUCUCUUAAAGUUUACAGGGGUGACCUUAUGUGGUAACAACGGAGGUAAACGACAGGAGCGUGGAAGGACAUCACAACAAGCCACAAUGUACAGAAUUAUAUUUCGGACUUUGUUGGCGCCUCGAAGUUCUUCAGUCAAUGUCUACGACUCGUGUGUUUUAGCAGCUAAAUGUGACAAGACGGUUUUCAGGGUUACAAAUAAAUGUGGGGUAAAAACCUUCAGCACAAGUUCAAGCUCGCUCUGUGAAAAGAAGAAUAACCAAGACCAGAAAACACAGGCAGUUAAAGAGGGUGACCAAGCGGAGGUGGUCAAAUUGAAGGAGGAGCCAGCGGUGUUAAAGGCAGAUGAUGGAGACGCCACAGAGCAGCAGACAGAUGUUAAAACUGAACAGGUUGCAUCAAAGCAGCCAGCGAAAACGAAGAAUGAUGCAGCUAAGAGUGGGAAGGAGAGUCUCCUGAAUCUUCUUGGAGCCAUGAAAGUAGAAGUCACCAACAAAAGGAAGCUCAAAAACCUGAAGGCAAAGCAAAGUUAUGAGUCAGUUACACAAUAUAAGUCGAAGGCGGCACCUAUGGAGAGCACCAUCAGUAUGUAUCAGAAGGCUACAGGGGAUGAUUCAUCACAGAGUGAGACUUUGGAUCCUGAUCUGGUUGCUGCAGCAUCUUCUGCUGCCUCCACUCUGCCUAACCGCAGCCAGGCUGAAUCUGAGCUGCUCAGGCAGCUGAGGCAGCACGAGGCAAUCACUGAGGCUCAGAAGAAAGGCGACAUUAACAACCUCGGAGUGAUUAUCGCUGAAAUGAAAGUAGGCAAGAAUCCUAACCGGCAGAACGCCUGGCCAGCCGAUCAGAUCCGGUUUGAUGACGACGGGCGAGGAUAUACACAUUACAGAGGAAUCACUUCCGAGCUGUCCGGUGUUCGGAAACGGAGGAACUUGUUGCUAGGGAAAAGACUUAACAUCUUCACCUCCGCUGCUGAUGAAGAUGGAAUUGAACCAGCAGCAGCAGCUAAGCCGACUCUGUGGGACAUGGACUUUGCAAAUCAGUUGUCUCUAUCGACCAAUCAGAUGCCUCGAAAUGGGUUUGAGGAAAUGAUCCAGUGGACCAAAGAAGGGAAACUAUGGCAGUACCCAGUAAACAAUGAAGCUGGCCUCGAAGAGGAAGCCAAGGUCCCAUUCCAUGAGCACAUCUUCUUAGAGAAGCACUUGGAGGAGGGCUUCCCUCGUGAGGGGCCAGUGCGUCACUUCAUGGAGCUAGUAGUGACCGGCCUGUCCAGAAACCCCUACCUGACUGUGCAGCAGAAGAAGGAGCAUAUAUCCUGGUUCAGGGACUACUUCCAUCAAAAAGAGGAAGUGCUUAAGGAGGCUGAUGUUUACCUUGAAUAAACUUAACACGGUUUAAUA